UAACGCCCCACUCACUCCCACCGCCUCCCUCAAUCAACAUCGUUCGACAGCCUGACAAAACGCGGCUUCUCUCUCUCUCGCUCGCUGGCUGUCCCUUCUCUCCGAGCUAAAAUUAGCAAACCCCCUGUCGAAACGAGCUCGUUUCAAGAAAAACAGAAAAACCGUCGACGGACAGGAAAGGAGAGCACCCCAUUUGUUCCUUGGAGAUCGAUCGACCGACCGACUCGAUUUCGAGAUUGGUCUCCGGCGAGCCCCGGCAAGAAGCACAGCAGAAGAAGAAGAAGAAGAAGAAGAAGAAGAAGAGUCUUGCGAUGGCCCCCAAACCGCUCCCCUGGGGUUGCCUCCUGUUGUCUUUCCUGCUCAUCGGCGUGGCUUCUUCCUCUUUCAUUCACGAUGGCGUCUUCGAAUCUCGGGAAGCUGCUGGCCGUAGCCUCCUUCAGGCCAAAAAGAGUUGCUCUGUUGACUUCGAGAACCAGAACUACACAAUCCUCACGAGCCAGUGCAAGGGACCCCAAUACACAGCCAAGCUCUGCUGUCAAGCUUUCAAAGAAUUUGCGUGUCCCUUCACGGAUCAAAUAAAUGACCUCACAACUGAUUGUGCUUCGACCAUGUUCAGCUACAUUAACCUCUACGGAAAAUACCCUCCAGGACUCUUUGCUAAUGAAUGCAAAGAAGGAAAAGAAGGUCUCGACUGUAGCACGGUACCACCACCAGCUGCAGCUCUGAAGGACUCUGUCAACACGAGUGGAGGCGAGUUAGUGGCAAAACAGUCUUUGUCGUUGAUGUUCUUGGGUGGGUUUGUUACGCUUCUGCUUCAGCAUUUCUGAAGUAAAUUGCCUGUGUAAAAAAAAAUGUGAAGGUAUCAUCCUGCGGGCUUAUAUACUUUGUCCAGGUGGUGUGGCCUUUCCUCCCCAAUGUCAUAGAGCGCUGCUAUUCUUUUAUAAGAGAUGUCUUAAAUUAUGGCUAGAUCAUAUGACUCUGCAUAGUCUCUGCCGAUCGUAGUUCCAUUGUUUUCACAGGGUGAUUGCAGAUGGCUUUGAUUUCCCCUUUUUGUUUGUAAUUCAAAAUGUUUUGUCAAGUACCUUGUAUUUUCAAGUUCAUCUCACACGGGAUAUUCUUUGUAUCUAUGGGUGGCUUCUGAAACCGUUUCAUUAGUUGAUGGAAAGGUCCAAUGAGAUCUUCCUACUCGCUGAGAAGUGUGUCUGCA